CUAGAACCUUCGUCUUCCUUCUUGCCCUGAAAUUUUGCACAUUUCGUCUGCAUUUUUGCCCAAAUUCAACUCUUGUUUUUACAAAAAAACCCAUAAAUUUAGUAUACCAGAACUUUCUUAAAGGGGAUAGCUCAGCGCCAGCCAUGAUUCUGGCAGUUAUCAACAACUUUCCUCAAAUGUCAGUUUGUCCUUUAGAUUCCAUUUAUGUUAUCUGUUUUUAACUGAAAUUUUGCUCAAAAGCCCUAAUCUACUCUAGAUUUGGUCUUUGUGUAUACCAAUCUGUUUGAUCUUUCAUCACAGCAAGCUUUAUUUUAUUUUAUAUAUUCUCGGGUUUUCUGCAAAGUUAGAUGAACCCAUCUGAGUUUUCAAAGAAAAAUCGUGAGAUUUGUGAUUAUCUUGUUGUAAUUUGUUUGGUCUAAUUAUCGUCGUGCAAACUUUAAUCUUAUAUUUCCUAGGUUUUGAUGCAAAUUUUGAUGAACCCAUCUGAGAUUUGUGAUUGAUCUUGUUCUGAUUUAUUGGGUUUUAUCGUCGUUGUCGGUAGUACGAAUUUCAAUCUUCUAUUUCCUGAGUUUUGCUGCAAACUUGAAUAAAACCCAUCUGAGUUUGAGUUUUUAAACAAAAGAUUCUGGAUUUGUGAUUCGUUUGGGUUUAUUAUCUUGGUAAAUUAAAACCCAUCGAUAAAGACUUGUGAAUUAGAAGGGAUCGAUUAUGAAUCCUUUCUUCUCGGUCGUUAAGGAGGAGUAUCCAUCAAGUGGUGGCGACGGCGUAAGGCUGCCGACGGCGAUUCAAGCACCACUUCCACAGCCAAUGGAGGGUCUUCAUGAUGCUGGGCCCCCACCUUUUUUGACGAAAAUCUAUGAUAUGGUCGAUGACCCAAGUAUUGACCACAUUGUUUCUUGGAGCAGAGGGGGUCAAAGCUUCACUGUAUUGGAUCCACAUGCUUUCGCCACUAAUCUCCUCCCUCGAUACUUUAAACACAACAAUUUCUCUAGUUUUGUCAGGCAACUCAAUACUUAUCUAGAAGAAGAUGUGAUUGAUUAUGGCAAAAGAUGGGGCUACGAAAUGAUGAAUGAAGAAUAUGGGAAAUUAGGUUUUAGAAAGAUAGAUCCUGAUGUGUGGGAGUUUGCGAAUGAAGCGUUCGUGAGGGGUCAAAGACACGUUUUGAAGAACAUCAAGAGAAGACGCGCGCCUUCUUCCUCUUCAUCAUCAUCUUCAGCUACUUCUCAGGGUUGUCCUGAAUCAUUCGGAUUGGAUGAAGUUGGGCGUCUGAAACACGAAAAGCAAGUUCUGAUGAUGGAAUUAGUAAACCUCCGACAACAGCAACAGAACACUAGGGCUCAACUUCAAGCCAUGGAAGUCAGGAUCCGUGGGACAGAGAAAAAACAGCAGAAGGUGAUGAGUUUCUUGGCGAAAGCUAUGCAAAAUCCUGAAUUUGUCAGAAAGUUAGUCCAACAUGGUAGAAGACAGGACCUUCUAGACGCCAUUAGAGGGUUUGAUGGUGUUGAAAGUGGCGAAUCCAGUGGAACCAGAAACAAGCUUAUUAAAGAUGAACCAGAGGAGGAGGAGUUUUCUCAGGUGUCUGAGCUUGAGGCACUUGCUUUAGAGAUUCAAGGAUUUGGUAGAGCCAAAAGAAACCAAGAGGAAGAAGAAGAAGAAGAAGCUAAUCAUAUGUGUGAGGGGAAUGAGAACGAGAAAGAACUUGAUGAUGAAUUCUGGGAAGAGUUGUUUAGCGAAAGAUCAGAUUGGAAGCAUAUUCUGCUGACUGAAAUGAAGUUGCUUGUUCUCAAAGAUUGAUCUGAGGAUAUUGAAGCGGUCCAACCGGAGAUUCAAUUGCUGUGCAGCUAUUGAUCGAUGGCUAUUUGAGCUAUUUCUUUCAUCAUAAGAAAACCCAGUAAAUGGGUUUUACUUACAAGGGUUGAUAUGUUAAUUAAAUAAAUAUAUUUCGAUAUAUUACAUGUUGUAUUAUUCACCUGUAAUUUAAUGAUGGG